AUGAGGUCUCUCUCGGUCUCUGGGUUGGCGCUGUUUGCGUCGUGUGCUGUUGCACAAACGUACCAGCGCUUGGGUGGCUGCCCCUCUCUGGGCUGUGUCUUUCCUCCUGAUCAGGCGGACUUCCUUCCGGGUCAGUACUUCGACAUCCGUCUAGAGGUUCACUCUCCAGUCAACGGCUCCGAAGCUCGUCCGGGUGAACCCGAUCCCAACUUUAAGUUCACCAUUGCGAAGAAAGGAGAGGAGGCUGUCCCUGUGGAGGAGUACUUCGACAUCGGUGCAGCACAGCUUGAGAGAUGGAACUUUACCUGGUUCGAAGACCUGUUUGCAGAAGAUGCGGAUAAGCCUUCUCUUGUGAACGUGACCUCAAAAGCCUAUAGACGGGUUGCUCUCUAUGAGCCAGGCGAGUACGAGGCAACCUUGACCUACUAUGGCAAUCAGACCACUGUUGCGAACUGGCUUGUCCGUGAUAUUCCCAAGAAACGGCGCGCAAAGAACGCCAUCCUCUUCGUGGGAGACGGCAUGACCACAAACAUGAUCACUGCAGCUCGUCUGAUCGCCCAUAAAAGUAUCAAUGGCAAGUACAUGACCAAGAUGCAGUUGGACAAGUUUCCUGUCUUGGGUCACCAAAUGACUCACUCGUUGGAUUCGUUCAUCACUGAUUCUGCCAAUUCUGCAACUUCCCUAUACACUGGCCACAAGACGACAGUCAACGCUUUGAAUGUCUACGUGGACUCCUCUGAGGACCCGUUCGACGACCCAAAGUUUGAGAUCAUCACCGAGAUAUUCCGUCGCCGGUACCCUGACGCGGGCGUAGGCAUCGUUUCCACAGCUUUCCUUGCCGACGCAACCCCCGCAGGUCUGGCAGCCCACACCAGAGAUCGUGGAGAAUACGACCAUGUCAUCGGUGCUUUCUACGAGGGCAUCAGUGAAUACAACUGGGAGGAGUGGGAAGGUCCUGACGUUCUCUUCGGCGCCGGUGCGGAGAACUUCCUCGAGAGCGAAGACGCUUCACGGGAUUACUUCAAACUGUUUGCGGAGAAGGGAUACAGCGUGAGCUGGAACAACACUGCUUUGCAUGCAGCCCCGAACGACACUAGGGCGCUGGGAGUUUUCCAAAAAUCCAACCUGGCCACAUGGCUGGACCGGAAUGUCUACCAAGCCAACCUUCUGAACCAGAGCAACUAUCCCGAUGGUUCUGGUCGCGACGCGGAAGAUCUUCCUGGCCUCAAAGACAUGACCCUGAAGGCGAUUGACGUGCUGAAUGCCCGGCAUGGCGAUGAGGGCUGGUUCCUCAUGUCCGAGGCCGCCAGCAUCGACAAGCAGAUGCAUACCUUGGACUACGACCGGGCUCUGGGAGAGCUGCUGGAGUUGGAUGACACCGUGAAAGCCACCAUUCAGAAGCUUGAGGCCCUCGGGGAACUAGAGGACACUCUGAUUGUGGUGACUGCUGACCACGGACACGGAUUUGACGUCACGGGUUCGGUUGAUACCGAAUACCUUAACGCACAGGACGAUGAUCGACAGAAGCGGAGGGCCAUUGGGUACUACGAGAGCUCUGGGCUCUCGCAGUACACGGUGGGCGGGUCCAACGCUCUGCGGUACUCGGAGGGGGUUCAUUUUCCGGCACGUUGGGAUCCGCGGUACACCUUACAUUCGGGAGUUGUGGCGUUCCCCGAUCACCGGGAGAACUACGAGGUGCACAAGGAGGGUCCACGGAAACCGGCAGUUGAGCAGCCCGGAAGCAAGGGCAAUGUGAUUGCCAACUAUAAGGAUGCCGUGACCGGAUACCUGAUUAAUGGAACUUUGCCCGUGGACGCGAGCCAAGGCGUGCACUCUUUGACCGACGUGCCCGUGUUCGCCCAGGGCCCCUGCCAAGAGUUAUUUGGAGGGGUGUACAACUCCAUCGACAUCUUCUUCAAUAUGGCGGAGUGCCUUGGUCUGUCGGAUAGCCGGCGGGGACACAAGGGCAAGAAUGGUCGCCGGAACUAA